AGUACAGCUGAGCUAAAGUACACAAACACACACACGUUUAUAUAUUUAAGAAAAAAGAACAGUUUUGAAAAUGAUGAAGAAACAGUUUAAUCGGAUGUUGCAGUUAGCGAACCAUACUGCAAACAGAAGUGAAAAUUCAGAGCUCCUCAGUGAAGACCUUAUCCAGUUUGAAAACCGGAUUGAGCCCACAAGGAGAGCGACCUGCAACACAUACAAGAGGCUGCUGUCCUGCCUUCACGGCCAGCAGGGUUCUGAUUUUGAUAAGCGCUUGAAGAAGAUGCCAUUGAUGACGCUGUCACAGAGCAUGGAGGACAGCUGCAGGGAGUUGGACAACGAGUCUGUCAUUAGGAAAAUGAUGGAGCUCUGUUGUUCGGUCGAAAAUACCUUAGCAAAGGUCCUUAUUGAACACGAGCUUCAAGUGGAGAAAGAAGUCCUGGACCCGCUGUAUAAACUCUCAGAGGAGGAACUUCCAAAUAUCCUCAAACACAAGAAGCAGCUGGCCAAGCUGACGCUGGACUGGACAGCCGCCAAGAACCGGCUGAGCCAAGCAACAAAGUCAGGCAACCAGGGAGCUGCCAUGCCAACGGCGACAACUAAACUGGACUUGCUGAAGGAAGAUGUGGAAGAGAUCUGGAGACGAGUCGAACUGUGUAAGGAUGAAUACGCAGCGGACCUUUAUCACUUUGCCAGCAAGGAAGAGGAAUACUCCAAUUACUUUUACUCCUUAAUGGAAGCACAAGCUGAUUACCAUCGAAAGUCGCUCAGGGCCUUGGAUGCUGCGAUGCCAACAGUGCGACCCAGCUUCAGUCCCUCAGGCGGUAGCUCUGGGAAGCCAGCCUUUGGACAGCCACUCGAGGAACAUCUGAAAACCUGUGAGCGGGAAAUCGCUCUUCCCAUUGAGGCAUGUGUCAUGAUGCUGCUGGAGAAAGGCAUGAAAGAAGAGGGACUGUUCAGAUUGGCAGCUGCAGCUUCGGUACUGAAACGGUUAAAAUCUGCUCUGGACAGUGGCUUCUUCGAUCCCAAGGAGUUCAACUCUGAUUCACAUGCUGUGGCAGGUGCAUUGAAGUCGUACCUGCGUGAAUUACCUCAGCCCCUCAUGACAUUUGACCUUUACGAUGAGUGGUUCCAAGCUGCCAGUGAGAAGGAUCUUCCCAGGAAGAUUGAGAGACUGCGAGAAGUUUGCGCUAAGCUACCCCCGGAAUCCUACAAUAAUUUACGGUACCUUAUCAAGUUCUUGGCGAAGUUAGCGGAACAUCAGGAAGUGAACAAAAUGAGUCCAAGUAACAUUGCCAUCGUGCUGGGUCCAAACCUCCUCUGGCCUAGGGAUGAAAGGAAAGUGUCGCUGAUGGACAUGGCUUCAGCCUCUUCCGUCCAAGUUGUCACAGUCAUGGAGCCCCUCAUCCAGAACGCGCACAGCAUCUUCCCAGAAGACUUAGAUUUCAGCGUGUCUGGAAAAUUUGGGCCGAGUUUCCAGUCCUCCACUUGUGCAUCACCAAAACCGGAGAAUGCCUCGACACAGCAGGCUCAGAUCAGCCCUGCCCCUGUUAAAGACAUCACAACACAAAGGGAAGAGUCUGUAAACGAGGAGAAUCCCUCCAUUCCAUCAUCAGUGUCAACUCCCUCCACCUCCAGCAACGAGCCAAGCAAAGUGGAUGUAAGUCCAGCAGUGACCGGAUCCAGCCUGACUGUCACCACCAUCAGCAAGUCACCCAGUCACUCAGGGAAAAAGGCAAAGAAACCAGCACUAACGCGGCCAAACUUCCCUCCACCGCAGCAACCGAAAGCCAGCUUGCCAUGGACAUCGAGCCCCGUGUGUGCCCCCUUAACCCUGCCAGUGGAUGAGAAAGGAGGUCUCACCCGCAGAGUCAGCACCGAUCCUACCUGGGGCUUAUCAACGAACCCUCCUGCUGGAGCUGUCCUCUCAGCGCCAGGAGAUGACAAAACCAUCACCACGCGGCGAGCCACUACAGGGUCAGCGCGGGCACCAUCCAUGCCCCCUCCUCCUGUCCCUCACAUCCACCAGCGAGCUUCCAGCAUGGAUUCAACCUACUCCAAAGCGGUCACCCAGCAGGGAGUUUCCGGGGGCCCAGUCAGGGAGCUGCAGAGGACCACCACCGAAAUGGUUCCCCCUCAGCCUCGUUGCUUCCAGGUUGAGUGGUACCAGCUGCCUCAGCCAUUACCCCGAAGUCGGGUUCAUUCCGUUAACCCAACCAUGCUUUCGAGAGUGAAUUCGGAGGUGAACGGAUCCUCAUCUGGGAAGAAAUGUGGAUCCCACGAGCAACUACAACCAGCAACAACAGAGAACAUGAAUGAGCAAUGCUGAUUCCAAAAUUCAAAUGUGGGAUUGGCCAGCAGCAGAGGUCAAGACCUGGAUAGUUAAUUGGCAAGCCCUUUCAUUGGUCAGUAGCAGAGGUCACGACCUAGACAUUUCAUUGGCUAGCCCUUUGAUCAACAAUGUCGGACAAGAGGAUGUCAGAAUUUUGUAUCUUCCUUUUUGUUUGGCCAGUUUGUGUCCAUCAAGAGAGGAGGGAUCCUGUUGCCGCAGGCAAUAGGUUGAAAAAGAAAUGUAAAUACAACUGGAGAAUGGAGAUCACAACAGGGGAGGUUGGCAACACACCACAGAUCCAACAACAUCUGCGCCAAAAACAAGCUUGAACAUUUGACCAAGGGGGUUUGAUGUGGAAUAUUCCAGGACUACACAGGUGCCCCCCCAACUGUAAAUGACCCCUGUGUUGCUAUGAAGCGAUGGAGAGAAGUAGACUUCCCAGAGAUGAUCCUGAGACCUGGGCCAUUUGUUGAUCACGCUCGGUGAUCCAGAAAAGAGCAAACUUUCUGUGGUGCCUUUUGCAACCUCAGGACAUUCCAAAACACUUUACAACCAAUAGUAAGAUAAUAAAAUGUGAGGCUGGAUGAACACAGCAGGCCAAGCAGCAUCUCAGGAGCACAAAAGCUGACGUUUCGGGCCUAGACCCUUCA